UCCAACAUUAAAGAACAAAACAAAAUGAGAUCCUUUUCCUUCCUCUUCACCUUAUUCAUUUCCUCCAUUGCUCUUGUAUCCUCUGCAGCUUUUGGAGGUCAAGCAUGGACACCCGUCUCUUCUCUCAUCACAAAAACUCUUUUCGACACCUUUUUCCUACACAAAGAUGACACUGCAUGCCCUGCCAAAGAUUUCUACACGUACGACUCCUUCAUUCGUGCAUCCAAAUUGUUCCCGGCAUUUGGCAGCACCGGUUGUUUAGCCACACGCAAGCGUGAGAUUGCUGCAUUUCUGGCUCAAAUUUCCCACGAAACCACGGGUGGCUGGGCCACUGCACCUGACGGCCCAUUUGCUUGGGGCUUGUGCUUCAAGGAAGAAAUUAAUCCUCAGAGUAAUUACUGUGAUUCCACUAACACCCAAUGGCCUUGCUUCCCUGGCAAAACUUACAAGGGACGAGGACCCAUUCAACUUUCUUGGAACUAUAACUAUGGUCCAGCAGGGAAGGCGUUGGGAUUCGAUGGGCUCAAGAACCCUGAGAUUGUGGCCAACAAUUCUGUGAUUGCUUUCAAAACUGCUUUGUGGUUUUGGAUGACAGAGCAAAAGCCAAAACCUUCUUGCCACGAAGUGAUGGUUGGAACAUAUGAGCCAACAGAAGCUGACAUAGCAGCGAACCGAACACUUGGUUAUGGCUUAGUGACUAACAUAAUCAAUGGUGGACUUGAAUGUGGUAUUCCUGAUGAUGCACGAGUGAAUGAUCGGAUUGGGUUUUUUCAAAGAUAUACAAAGUUAUUGAACGUGGACACUGGACCUGACUUGGAUUGUGCAAAUCAGAAACCCUUCUAACUCUUCCGUCAUGUCUAUUUAUUUUACUCUUCCCAGACUCUAAUAAUGUAUUGAAUCAAAGCAUAUAUAUACCUGCUUCAUGGAAUUCUCCUUAUGUACGCUACCACAAGUUGACAAAUAUAAACUUUUAUAUUCUUCUUUA